CAAGAGGUAACCAGUAUUCUUGGUCCCAUACCUUGGAGUCCAUUCCAUACUGGAAAAUUUUUUGAAGAUUUGUCACAGUUUAUAGGUCACCACAACUCAGAGGACAAUCACCUGAAAUGUGUGACUAAUGUGAUGCUAAAACUCCAUAAUUCAAGAAAUUUCUCUUUUGCACGUUUCUUAGUUGGCUUGCUGAAGUAUAAACCAGGUGAAAGACUUACACCUUAUCAAGCUGCUGCGCAUCCAUUUUUGGCGCCAGAGUGUUCCUUUGCAAAUUUAUUGCCUCAACAAGGAGAUAAGAAAACAGAUGCUGGAAGCUGCGCAGACAUUUCGUUUCCUACUGAGUAUAACUUCAAACCAUACGUUGACGAGGAAGUUAAAAGGCAGCAUUUUUCUGGAAAUGAACUCUUAAAGAAGGGAACUACUGUAACUGCUUCUUCACCAAAACACUUUCAGAGCAAACAGGAGAAUGCAACAUCUCUGAGGACUGGAAAUUUACAUUGUUCUCAAAGAGAAAAGGUGGAGAAACAAAUGCUGCCGCAAGAACUCGUGUCUAUCAUAGGAAAACAAAAUCUACCAAAGUAGAGAUUGGGUAUACUAAACAUGACGGUGUCGCUGCAGUCCAAAUGGAGGUACUUGUAAAUGAAUCUCCUUGUUGGGCGGCAAAAGCAAUUGUAACAGAUGUGAAUCUUCAAGCGAAGUUUAGAGUGGGAAAGGAAUCAGAAGAACAAGCAAACAAGGACUCUGGAAAAGCUGCAUUCUCUGGAGCAUAUCAGAAUGAUGAGGUGAUGUUACUUGGCGAGGAUGGACAAAGCAGUUUCUGAUAUUUUUAGCUUUGUAUUUUGAAACCUGUGAGAGUACAAAAAUGUAGUAAAAGAUUUUUUAAGUAGA